AUGGGUUUGAAAUUGAAUAUUGCAACCCUACUGGUACUUUUUGUUUUCAUAGUAACAUCUGCUGCCAAUGCCAAACCGACUGUCUUUAACGUUGUGAAAAAGUACGGAGGAAAGGUUAAUGAAGAUAUGAUGACCUUGGCAUGCGGUCAUCAUGGCCGAAAUAGUGCAAAGGACAUGAGAUUUUCGGUUCAACAGCACUCACACGUACCGGAGUUUGGCAACUGGGAAAAUGACAAUAUCCCUUACACCGCCUACUUCGAGAAUGCAAGAAAAGAGAAAGGUGGGGUGAUGAUAAACCCAAAUGAUCCGGAGGAGAAUCCUGAGGCAUUCAUGUACAUGGGAAGAGGGGCCUUGGAAAUGACUGCUCAUGAUCAUUACCGUGCAGUCCAGGCUCCUAAUCAUCUCCAUGUCGACUCCAGCACCAAGUCAGUUUCUCCGGAGGAAAAACAACACAUUGAUAAGGGGCAUACAAGCCAUCGUUCUCAUCAUAGGAACCCUUCUGAUUUACAGAAAAAUGGGAACCCUAGGAUCAUCGAAUUUGAAUCUGGCAGCAGCUAUAGAUCAAGCAAAUCUGAUUAUUCACUCAUGCAGCAGCCUAGUCACCGACGGAAGAGGUCUGACAACAAGAAGACUCCGGCAGCUGAUGGGGUUGAUAGCUUCUCCUCGACUGUCGCCGGUCAUGGCAGGCAGAGAGUCGGAAGUUAUUCCUCUGUUGAAAUUGUAAAUGAUGUGCAGCAUCGAAGAGGUGCAUCAUCGAUACCCAAGUUUGGGGCUUGGAAUGAAGCAGACCCUAAAUCAGGAGAAGGAUUCACUGUCAUAUUCAACAGAUUAAAAGAGAAAAAACAGACCGAAAUCUCACAUUUCCCAGUUGUACAACAACAACAACCGAGUUAUCAUUCAAAUACUGAAAGACACGAGCGAUCUUCCCCUAGAUCAAAGAUAUGUUGCUGUCUGUUUUCAAGUGGAAGCGAGUGAAUUACUACAUGGCUUUGCUUCUGCGCUAUUCACCUGCUUCUCUAACAAGUGAACAGGGACUCAUGUUCGUUGGUGGCGGUGCUGCCAUGUUUCUCAGCGUAUUGACCGAGCUGGAUUAUACCCUUAAAAACUAGUUAAUCUAGUACAACUUGUGUGUUUUCCUUUUCUUGU